AUAUGGAAAUCCAUUAAAUAAAUAUAUUAGACAUUAUGAAGGAUUAUCUUACGAUGUGGAUUCAUUACACCAAAAACACCAGCGUGCCAAAAGAGCAGUUUCACAUGAGGACCAGUUUUUACGUCUAGAUUUCCAUGCACAUGGAAGACAUUUCAACCUGCGAAUGAAGAGGGACACUUCCCUUUUUAGUGAUGAUUUUAAAGUAGAAACAUCAAAUAAAGUACUUGAUUAUGAUACCUCUCAUAUUUACACUGGGCAUAUUUAUGGUGAAGAAGGAACUUUCAGCCAUGGAUCUGUUAUUGAUGGAAGAUUUGAAGGAUUCAUUCGGACUCGUGGUGGCACAUUUUAUGUUGAACCAGCAGAAAGAUAUAUCAAAGAUCGAGUUCUUCCCUUUCACUCAGUUAUUUAUCAUGAAGAUGAUAUUAACUAUCCCCACAAAUAUGGGCCACAGGGAGGCUGUGCAGAUCACUCGGUAUUUGAAAGGAUGAGGAGAUACCAAAUGACUGGGGUACAGGAGACAACACAGAAAUCACAAGAAGAAAAUGCCAGUAAUGGCCCUGAACUCCUGAGGAAAAAACGUACCACUUUAGCUGAAAAGAAUACUUGCCAACUAUAUAUUCAGACUGAUCACCUGUUUUAUAAGUACUACGGAACACGAGAAGCUGUGAUUGCUCAGAUUUCCAGUCAUGUUAAAGCGAUUGACACAAUUUACCAGACCACAGACUUCUCUGGAAUUCGUAACAUCAGUUUUAUGGUGAAACGCAUAAGAAUCAACACAACUGCUGAUGAGAAGGACUCUACAAAUCCCUUUCGUUUCCCAAACAUUGGUGUGGAGAAGUUUCUGGAAUUGAAUUCAGAACAGAAUCAUGAUGACUACUGUUUGGCCUAUGUCUUCACAGACCGAGAUUUUGAUGAUGGUGUUCUUGGUCUGGCAUGGGUUGGAGCACCUUCAGGAAGCUCUGGAGGAAUCUGUGAAAAAAGUAAGCUCUAUUCCGAUGGUAAAAGGAAGUCCUUGAAUACUGGGAUCAUUACUGUUCAGAACUACGGGUCUCAUGUACCUCCGAAAGUUUCUCACAUUACUUUUGCUCAUGAAGUUGGACAUAAUUUUGGAUCACCACAUGAUUCUGGAACAGAGUGCACUCCAGGAGAAUCUAAGAAUUUAGGCCAAAAAGAAAACGGCAAUUACAUCAUGUAUGCAAGAGCAACAUCUGGGGACAAACUUAACAACAAUAAAUUUUCACUUUGUAGUAUUAGAAAUAUAAGUCAAGUUCUUGAGAAGAAGAGAAACAACUGUUUUGUUGAAUCUGGUCAACCUAUUUGUGGAAAUGGAAUGGUAGAGGAAGGUGAAGAGUGUGAUUGUGGCUAUAGUGAUCAGUGUAAAGAUGAAUGUUGCUACGAUGCAAACCAGCCAGAAGGGAAAAAAUGCAAGCUGAAACCUGGAAAACAGUGCAGUCCAAGUCAAGGACCCUGUUGUACAGCACUGUGUACAUUCAAGUCAAAAACUGAGAAGUGCCGCGAUGAUUCUGACUGUGCAAAGGAAGGAAUAUGUAAUGGAGUCACAGCACUCUGUCCAGCAUCCGACCCUAAGCCAAACUUUACAGACUGUAAUAGGAAUACACAAGUGUGCAUUAAUGGGCAAUGUGCAGGUUCUAUAUGUGAGAAAUAUGGCUUAGAGGAAUGUACCUGUGCCAGCUCUGACGGCAAAGAUGAUAAGGAAUUAUGCCAUGUUUGCUGUAUGAAGAAGAUGGAGCCAUCCACAUGUGCCAGUACUGGGUCACUACAGUGGAGCAAACACUUCAUUGGCCGAACUAUCACCCUGCAACCUGGAUCCCCUUGCAAUGAUUUUAGAGGCUACUGUGAUGUUUUCAUGCGAUGUAGAUUAGUAGAUGCUGAUGGUCCUCUUGCAAGACUUAAAAAGGCAAUAUUUAGUCCAGAACUCUAUGAAAACAUUGCUGAAUGGAUUGUGGCUCACUGGUGGGCAGUACUACUGAUGGGGAUUGCCCUAAUUAUGUUGAUGGCUGGAUUUAUUAAGAUAUGCAGUGUUCACACUCCAAGUAGUAAUCCAAAGUUGCCUCCUCCUAAACCUCUUCCAGGCACUUUAAAGAGGAGGCGGCCUCCACAGCCCAUCCAGCAGCCGCAGCGGCAGAGGCCUCGGGAGAGUUAUCAGAUGGGACACAUGAGACGUUGAUUGCAGCUUUUGCCUUGGUUCUUCCUAGUGCCUACAAUGGGAAAACUUCACUCCAAAGAGAAACCUAUCAAAUCAUCAUCCCCAAACUAAACCCUCACAGACAACUGUCGAAGACAAAAAUGGCAAGAGAUCAUGUCCUCAGACCAGGUGGAAUUACUUAAAUUUUAAAGCCUGAAAAUUCCAAUUUGGGGGUGGGGGUGGAAAAGGAACCCAAUUUUCUUAUGGACAGAUAUUUUUAACCUAAUGGCACAAAGUCUUAGAAUAUUAUGUGCCCUGUGUUCCCUGUUCUUUGUUGCUGCAUUUUCUUCACAUGCAGGCAAACUCGAAAAACUUUGAUCAUAAAUUGAAAUAUAAAUAUAUAUUUUUUUCAACUGCCAAUCAAGGCUAGGAGGCGCAACCACCUCAACAUUGGAGACAUCACUUGCCAAUGUACAUACAUUGUUAUAUGCAGACAUGUAUUUCUUACAUACACUGUACUUCUGUGUGCAAUUGUAAACAGAAAUUGCAAUAUGGAUGUUUCUUUGUAUUAUAAAAAUUUUUUCCGCUCUUAAUGAAAAAUUACUGUUUAAUUGACAUACUC